GGAGGCAGAUGAGGGCUGCAAGAAGCCCUUGGAGCGAUUGCUGAACAUCUGGCAGGAGAGGAGUGUGUAUGGCAGCGAGUUCAUACAGCAGUUGAAACUGUCCAUGGAGGACUCCAGCAGCCCCCAAACAAAAGUUACAGAGGAGAAGAAGUCCUUGAAGCGGACGUUUCAGCAAAUGCAAGAAGAGGAGGAUGACGAUUAUCCUGGAAGAAAGUCAGUUUCCUACUUGAUUUGGCCCAUCGUCACCGUCUGGCACCGCGAGCUCCGGAAGGCCAAAUCAAGUAGGAAACUGACUUUCCUAUACUUGGCAAACGAUGUCAUCCAGAACAGUAAAAAGAAGGGACCUGAGUUUACAAAGGAAUUUGAGUCUGUGCUCGUGGAUGCUUUUUCACAUGUUGCCAGGGAGGCAGAUGAGGGCUGCAAGAAGCCCUUGGAGCGAUUGCUGAACAUCUGGCAGGAGAGGAGUGUGUAUGGCAGCGAGUUCAUACAGCAGUUGAAACUGUCCAUGGAGGACUCCAGCAGCCCCCAAACAAAAGUUACAGAGGAGAAGAAGUCCUUGAAGCGGACGUUUCAGCAAAUGCAAGAAGAGGAGGAUGACGAUUAUCCUGGAAGUUACUCCCCCCAGGACCCCAAUGCUGGGCCCCUUCUGGCAGAGGACUUGAUCAAAGCUCUGCAAGAUUUGGAAAACGCAGCAUCAGGAGAUGCCACCGUGCGGCAGAAAAUUGCCUCUCUUCCCCAGGAGGUUCAGGACGUGUCGCUGUUGGAAAAGAUUACAGACAAAGAGGCGGCAGAGCGCCUUUCGAAGACGGUGGACGAGGCGUGUUUGCUACUU